GUGCUGGUGGCAUUAAAAGUGAUCUUCAAACACUAAAGACUAAAGUCCACUAAUCAAUGCCUUAACUGUAUUUUCAUAUCUUCCUCCAAUUUAAUGCUCCUCUUCUCUAUUUAUACUCUCAAUCCAACUUUUUAAUCAUCUCCUCAACCAAAAAUGUUUACUAAAUCCAUCUUUUUAGCUUCCCUUCUCCUCAUCAUCUUCGUCUCUGCAACUCAAUCAGCUCGUCAGAAGAGCGGGAACGAUGGUUUAGGAUUCGGCGGUGUACCCGGAUUCGCUGGUAUACCCGGAUUCGGAAACGGGUUUCCGGGUAACGGAGUUGGCGGUGGAUACGGCGGAGGAUACGGUGGUCCGAGCGGCGGAUCCGGGAAAGGAGGUGUGGUUAGGCCGACGGUGACUUGCAGAGAGAAAGGGCCUUGUCACGGGAAGAAGCUGAGGUGUCCGGCCAAGUGUUUUAGCUCUUUCAGCCGCUCAGGGAAAGGAUACGGCGGUGGAGGCGGCGGAGGUGGAUGCACCAUGGAUUGUAAGAAGAAGUGUAUCGCUUAUUGUUAAAAAAAUGAUAAAGGUCGCAUCUUUCUUAUAUAUUUGCUAUGUUGUUGUAGCUAUAGUUAAUGAUCAUAAGGAUCCUUUUGUCUGGAUUCGAUUGUAGCAAGUUUUUUAUAUGCUUAAUAUAUGGCUGUGAUGAAUAAAUGAGGAAACUUUACGGUUUUCUCAGUUUGUGUGUUUGUUGUAUGAGAGAUUCUGAGUUUUUUUUUUUUU